AUUCAAACGAAAUUGUUAGAUUAGUGGAACAAGUGUGUACGUUUUGUUUUGUGAUAGUAAUUGAUGGAAAACUCAACUUCAAAUAUACUUCAACAUGUAUCAACAGUGCUGCCUAGUGCCACACAUAAUGCCACUCCCAUAUCAACCAUGAAUUUCACACAUGGGGUGGAGCAGUUCAUUUUUUCGUGGUAUGAUUAUGUCAUAUUCUCAUUUUUAUUGUCGGUGAGUUUGUUUGUCGGUAUUUACUUUGGUUGUUGCGGUAAGAAACAAAAUGCAAGAGAAUAUUUAUUAGCUGGUGGUAAGCUGAAGGUUCUGCCAGUUGUGAUAUCUUCAGUGGCAAGUCAUACUUCAGGAUUAACUUUACUUGCAUUACCAGCGGAAGUAUAUAGCUUCGGAGCCAAUUACUGGCUGUCUGCAAUUAGUUUAUGGAUAGUAACUUUUAUAACAAUCUAUAUCUACUUGCCAGUAUUUUACAAAUUGCAGCUCACGAGUACUUAUGAAUAUCUGGGAUUAAGGUUCGAUAAGAAGACAAGAAAAUUGGCUUCGGUCAUGUUUACUAUAUCAGUGUUUUCCUUGGUACCUAUUGUCACCUAUAUACCAUCUAUGGCAUUUUCUACGGCAACCGGUAUGAAUAUUCGCGUUGUUACACCAAUUAUUUGCGGAAUUUGUAUUUUUUAUACCUCUAUUGGUGGGUUAAAAGCUUUGGUUUGGUCAGACUCUCUGCAGUUUUCGCUAACUAUGGGCGCUCUUUUAGCCAUUUUAGGAUUAGGUCUCAAUAAAGUUAACGGUUUAUCCGAAGCUCUUAAAAUAGCUGCAGAUAGUGGACGAUUGAAUUUACUUGAUUUUCAGUUCGAUCUAACAAAAAGAGAUUGCUUUUGGACGAUGGUAAUUGGUUUUACAAUACAUUGGUUAUCUGCUACGGCUGUUAACCAAGGUUGUGUGCAAAAAUUUUUGGCAGUAGGGACUUUAAGAGAAUCCAAAAUGGUAGUUUUCUUUUACUGCGCUGUCGGUAUGGUGAUAGUGAAAACUAUUAGUGUUUUAACUGGAUUAGUUAUGUACGCGAAAUAUUCAACAUGUGAUCCUUUAUCAACAGGCCAAGUGAGACACGGUAACGAAAUGCUUCCCCACUUCGUCUUGGAUGUAGCAGGAAAAGUUCCCGGAUUGCCAGGACUCUUUAUAGCUGGAGUAUUCUGUGCUUCUUUGAGUUCCUUAUCGUCUAAUUUAAAUAGUUUAGCUGGAACAUUAUACGAAGACUUCGUUAAAUCGAGACUCAAUCCCAAAUGUAUGAAAAAAUCAUCUUUUUUCCUCAAAUUAUUAGUGGUUAUUGUUGGUACGAUUGGUACAGCAUUAGUAUAUGGAGUUGAACAUUUGGGAGGACUGUUAUCUUUGGGUAUUAGUGCACCUGGGAUAGCACUUGGAGCUCUUUUAGGAGUGUUUACCUUGGGAAUAUUAUUUCCUAGGGCCAAUUCAGAGGGAGCUUUUUAUGGAUCUUUGAUCAGUAUUAUAACGAAUAUGAUAUUGGUUUUUGGAGCAUAUUAUCUUAAAACACAGAAAGUAAUACAAGCUGUUUAUAAACCGGUUUCUGUGGAGGGUUGUCUGAAUAAUACAACUUUUGGUCCAGUUCUGAUGCAAUCUCACAUUUCGCCUGAGAAACAUUUACCAAUAAUACUUUCUGUAUUUAAAAUUUCAUUUUACUGGUACAGUUGUAUUGGUACAUGUAUUUGUAUAUGUACAGGUUUGCUGAUUAGCUAUUUGACUAAAGAACAAGAUCCUCCUGUGGCUCGAGAAUUAUUAAGCCCAGCUAUUUACGGUUUUAUCGAUUUGGAAAAAUAUAUAGACAGAAUGGAUUUAGAUUAUGAUAAAGUAAGCGAUGAUCUAGAUUCUGAGGACAAAUUACUAGAAAGGAGAUUGUCAAAAUGGGAAGAAAACAGACAAGAAAGAUUAAGGAAGGCAUCGUAUAUUUCUGAUCAGAUUGAGUCUUAGAUGAUAAAGAAAAUUAUUUUCAACGCGAACGCGCAAUUAAUGUGCAAUAAGUAAUAUUAACAGUGACGGUUCGAUAUGAAAGACUAGUUUUUGUCAACCGAUGAUUUUUUGUCAUUAAGAGUGAAUUGUACAAAUGUUUUAUCAAAUAUUUAUUAUAUUUUGACAAUGU